UGUCCUCCUAACACGGUAACAGCCUCGCGUUCUUUUGUUCUCCUCUACGACGAUGCCCAGAGUUUCAAAGAUUCCAUCAAGCAGCAGCAUAUAGCUGCUGCCGACGAUCAUCUGCUGACGAGUUUUCUACACGUAUCAUCGGUUGCUAACGAGAGACGGAGCCAAAGAGAAUCCUGCGAGACAUGGAGACCGAGAGAACAGCAGGAAAUGGAGAUGACUCUAGUGGAACAGACACAGGUGGCACAUUGGAUGCACCUCUCCAUCCUGACCACCAGAGUUCACCGUGUUCUGAAUCAGACACAGAUGACAGUGAAGACUGGAGAGAGACCAGUAACUUUCAGUCGGACUCCAACUAUGGUGAAAAUCCAAACGUUGAUGUCAAAGAGGAGACCGAAGACGCUGAUCAUAAAUCAUUGAUCUGUUCUAGAUGUGGGAAGAAAUGCUACUCAAAGGCUGGACUGACGCUACACAUGAAAUCCUGCUCCCGUGGACCUUUGACUUGUUCCCUUUGUGGGAGCCGUUUUGAGAAGAGACAGAAACUCAGAUCUCACAUGAGAAUUCACGCUACAGAAAAACCUUUCAUCUGCUCUGAGUGUGAAAAAUGUUUUGCACAGAAAGGUGACCUGAAGAGGCAUAUGAGAAUUCACACAGGAGAAAAACCUUUCAUCUGCUCUCAGUGUGGAAAAUCUUUUUCACAGAAAGAUGAUCUGAAGAAGCACAUGAGAGUUCACACUGGAGAAAAACCUUUUGUCUGCUCUGAGUGUGGAAAGUGCUUUUCAGAGAAUGGUGCCCUCAGGACGCAUAUGAGAAUUCACACUGGUGAAAAACCUUUCAUCUGCUCGGAGUGUGGAAAAUGUUUUUCACAAAUUGGCUCCCUGAAUAGUCACAUGAGAGUACACACUGGAGAAAAACCUUUCGUCUGCUCCCAGUGUGGAAAUUGUUUUUCAGAGAAAAGUCACCUAAAUAAUCACAUGAUUGUUCACACUGGUGAAAAACCUCUUGACUGUGCUGAGUGUGGAGAAUGGUUUUCUCGGAAAGGUAAUCUGAGGAGGCAUAUGAGAAUUCACGCCGGAGAAAAACCUUUCAUCUGCUCCCAGUGUGGAACCUGUUUUUCACAGAAAGGCACCCUGAAGAAUCACAUUAGAGUUCACACUGGUGAAAAACCCUUCAACUGCUCUCACUGUGGUAAACGUUUUUCUUUAAAAGGGAACCUGAAUACACACAUGAAAACUCACAUUUGAAAACUAGCAAGGUUUAAGUUAACGUAAGAAAACAUAAAAUAUUACUUUGUACAUAAACAACAAUGCUUCUUCAAAAAUUUAAACUAUGCAGCUAAUGAUUCUUUGAUCUACUAUUUGUUCCUGUAAAGAGUUCGUCUGAGAUUUGUAUCGACAUUGUGAAACCAUGAUUUUUUUUUUUAUUAACAAAAGAAUGUGAACAUUCAUAUGCUUGUUAGCUUUACGAAAAAUACCUUCACAUUUGAUAAUGCAUUAAGGACCCACAGUGCAAUGACUGACUCGCAAGUCCAAUAGAAAGAUUUCUGCCUCUGAGCCCUUCAGUCGUCCUCGAUUCUCAGCAUGUGAAAUGUAACUCCGAUGUUCAUUGUGGCCUGGGCUUUUGAUGGGGUGGCUUACUGUUUUCUCUUCCUAGACUUUUCGGUAUGAAUCUUAAUCCCAAUGGUGAAUGAGAGAUGUGUUUCUUGGUGACACCACCUCAGUUACAUUGUCUAGAGGUUUGUUAUAGUAAUAGCUAGAGAUUUGGAGUCAUCAGUAAUAUGUCAAAUUGUGGGGUUAAAAAAAGCAGGAGGAAAACAAAGCAGUAGGUUCUUUUUCAUACCCCCUCCACACGUAUCCGCCGUAUCCGGCCACUGUAUCCAAUACUUUUUGACAGUGGGUCCCAGAGAGAAUAAUCCUACACAGAAACACUUCUCCGUGUGGACAGUGGAUGAGGUUACUCCUGUAAACGAUGACGUCACGACCCCUUCAACAGCAAACCUUCAGCUACUCUGUCGUUGUAAUGAGCGGCAGCAUCAUUGUGAUAGACGUGCUGCGGACAUGUGAGCUGCAUGUCUCUCUACAGAGAAGCCAGUCACAAACACAAGUUUGUCAUUUCGAGUGAAUGUUUAUUUUCUUAAACCAUAUCCAACUUGGAAAUUUGAAUUGAAAUUCAAGCUGAUUACUGUGUUGCUGAAGCACAGACCAGCUAAAAACACUUGCCACAUGCCUCUGACAACUUGUAGUUCAAUGUUGACUCAAUUUUUAAUUCAAGUCAACAUUGAACUGUUUUUAUGUAGCACUUUUUUGAAGCCGUUGUGCUCCGGGUGAGUGUAGCCUCAGGGUUUGAGUAGUGCCAAGAAGAAGCGUGAUGGAGAAACCGUGAGUGGAGAUGCUGGGGAUCGAACCCAGGGCCUCAUUCAUGCUAAGCAUGCGCUCUACCACUUUGUGUCUUAAGAGGAAGUCAAAGUUUUCACAUUUAUGUGCGUUAUAUUUCAGUCUCGCAGUUUUUCAUACGUCCUUCCCUACCACAUCUCUUACUGCUUUUUCCCAUAUUUCUCCCUCCGUAGGUCUUCUAAUUCCAUCUUCCCUUAAUCUUCUAAACCACAUUUUCAUCCUUAUAUUUGUUGCAUUUAAUUUCUUUCAACCUGCCUCAUAAAGAGUUCACAAUCUUUACCUUCUCCCUUCAUAACUUCUGACUCGAUCUCAUUUCUCCAUUCCACGGAUAUUGUCUCUCAUGUCCUCCAGUAAUGCCGCUGCCACCAUCUUAUUUUGGCAUUCCAUGCUGGUUCAUUUAAAAUUAUUUUUCCUUCUCAUCUUAUUUUAUCUUUAUUUUAAGUCGAAGUUGAUCAGUUUGAAGUCGCCAUCCAUAUAGUCGGUUACCCCUCAUUAUUUCUGCUUUUCUCACCUGAUACUCUUAUAUAUUUUUCAAAUUCUUUGAGGACCGCUCUGCUCUCUCACCGUGAUUGUGGUGUCAUCCGCAUAUUGGCAGAUUUUCACCUCUUCCUCUCCGAUCUUAAUGCCCUUGAUGUUUUUAUUUAGGUUGAUAUUCACAGCCAGUGGUUCUAUAGAUAUUGAGAAGAGCAGGGCAGACAGGGGACACCCCUGCCUCACAGACCUCUCCACUCUAAAGCAUGUGGUUAUUAUGCCAUUUAUUUUAACUCUACUUUUUGCAUUUCUAUAAAUUAAUUUGAUCCAUUUAAUAAAUGUAUCCCCAAUAUUCAUCUUUUCUAAUAUUUUAAAUAAGUAUUCAUGACUUACUCUGUCAAAUGCUUUAAUUAAAUCUAAACUCAUUAUAAUUGCUUUCUGUUCUUCUGUCAUUUUAUCGGUCAAAUCUCUUAUGUUAUUGAUGAUAUCGCUCAGGUCUCUUCCUGGGAUGCUGUAUCCUUGUUGGUUCCCAACUAUUUGACCAAUCACUUCCUUUAACCUAUUGGCCAAUAUUUUAGUGAGUAUUUUAUAGUCAGUGUUUAGGCAAGUGAUUGGUCUGUAGUUUUCCGAUUUCUGUUUGUCUCCUUUUUUAUAAAUUAAGUUGAUUAAACCCAUAUUCAUUAGUUCCCCUAUGGUCUCUUUCCUCUCCAUUUCUCUAAAAACUCUCUCUAAAAUUGGCACGACAUAAUCUUUAAAAGCAACAUAAAACUCCCUCCCAAUUCCAUCAAUUCCUGGACUUUUAUUUUUGUUUAACAGUUUCAAUUUCUUCCAUCUUUAUUUCUUUAUCACAUUCCUCGCUCUGUUCAUUAUUAAUUCUUUGUUCUAGGCCGUCUAUAUUUUUACUAUUUUCACUUUUGUUCAUUUUCCUUUCCUUAAAUAAAUCUGCAUAAAAAUCAUGCACUUUUUGCGCUAUUUCUAAAAAGUCCUCUAUUGGAUUUCCUUCGUCUUUUAAACUUGUAAUGACAUUAUUCUUUUGUUAAAUCUUUUCUAGUCUUAAGAAGUAGCUUGUACACUUCUCUCCCUCAAUGGUGAUUCUCGCUCGGCUUCUCAAUAUGGCUCCUUUACACUUAUCUUCUUCUAUUUUGUCCAAUUCAUUUUUAAGUUUACUAUAUUCUUCUAAAUCCACACCCCCUUCUCUUUCUAUCUAAUCCCUUUCUUUCUCAAAUUUUCCUUUCAAUUCCCGUUCCCUCUUCCUCUUUUCUAUAUUCCUUUUUCUGCAAUAUUCCAUGGAAACAUCUUUUAUUCUGCCUUUAAACUCCUCCCACCAAUCAAUGAUGUUUUCUUUAAAAGCCUUUUCUCCUUCUCCUUUUUCGAACUGAUUUUUUAUUAAAACUUUAUAAUUUUCUUCUUUCAGAAUCUCUUCAUUCAUGCACCAUACACCACCCUUUUUGAUUCUUCUAUCUUCUCCCAGCCUACAUUUAAUUAUGGCGUGAUCACUCAAGGCAUUUCUUUUAAAGUCGAUUUCUCCAAUUUCUUCCAACAUUUCUCUUUUGCUUAUAAUAAGGUCUAUUCUGCUUUGUUUUAAAAUCCCGUUUACUAUCUGAGAUCUUCUUUCUCCAAGGUUUUUCAUCCUCCAAAUGUCCACCCAAUCCUUCUUCUCCAUUACAGUUCUUAAUCUUUCUUGAAGUGUCUUUUUUAUAAAACAUAACUUCUGAGGCAUCCAACCUUUCAUUCCACACAUUAAAGUCACCCAAAAUGACACAAUUCCCCAAACAUUUCUUCUGUAAUUCAUGUAAGAAAAGCCUUCUGUUUUUUUCAUCAUUGGGUGCAUACACCGAAAAUAUUUGUAUCUUCUUUCUGUCUGUUUCCAAUUCAAUUCCGAGUAAUCUUCCAUUCCUAUCAUUCUGACAUUCUUUCACAUUUCCAUCCAGUCCUUUCUUUACUAAAAUUGCAACCCCUUGCGAUGUGUUUCCACGUUGUUAUAAAAUAAUUUUCCAUCCCGUUUCUUCUCAUUCCUCCUCACCCAUUCACCAUCCCAAUGUGUGUCUUGUAGGCAAAUAAUAUCAGCAGAACAUAAAUAUAUUGAUUCAUCCCGCCAUAUUCUUUCCCUUUUUGAUCUUUAUUUUUCGUUCCGUCUCCUCUCUGACUUGUAUCCCCAUUGUGCGCUUCCACUUCUUCCCCACCUCGCUUUGUUUCUCCUUGUGCACUGGCCAGCUUCCCGCUCUGUUCUGCGCUCUCAUUCUGUUCAUUCAUUCAUUGUUUCCUCCGCUGGUUCUUCCAGGUCCUCUCUUCAUCAUCCGCUAUUUCCUCUUCUUCCAUCUCUUCACUAGGAUUCUUUGGACAGUCCCUCUUGUAAUGGCUGUGUUGUCCACGCUGGAAGCAGAUAACUUCUGGGCAAUUCUUGAACACGUGUCCAGGCUUUACGCAUAAUCGGCAGACCUAGAUCUGCCAGUGUCCAGUGACUGUCUCGAACUUGGUCGGUAAAAUGCACUUUUAAAAAGCGUGUGCCGUCCUCAAUCAAGGUACCAGGCCAUAAACAUCUUUUAAUUUCUGACAUUGCUGUCACUCCCCAGGCUUCCAGUUUCCUCAGGACUUCUUGGUCUGGAAUAUAUGCCGGCAUGGAGAGGAAUGAGACAACCAUCUCUUUGUUGUUCAGGUCUUUGGCCCACAUCGUUCUUGAAUUGGAAUCCAUCUUUUGUCUUUUCCUUCCAACGUCUUCAUUGUGAUCUCCAGCUUUUCCUUCCCAGGUUUCCUGCACGUCUUAAUUCCUCCACACUGUUUGGUAAUUUCUUUUAAUAAGUCCAUGACUUCUUCAACUCCCAAUGUCGCUGUCAAAUUGCCCAUAUACCGUUCGUCUUCUUCCAUUAUUCGUGGAUUUUAGGAGGGAGGCAAGAAUAACUUCCACGAUCAUUCCCCAGCAUCUCCACUUCUCUCUUUAAGUCCCAGUUAGUGGGAUCUCGGGAACAGAAGAAUGAGAAUGCGCUCCUUGGGGAAGUGCCUGAAAUUAAAGAACAACUCGGGUACUUCCUCCUCCGUAUUGCCACAACAAAGAACUUUUCUUUAUCGCAUGUUCUUGCAAACAGUCAUUUGAAUACUUUCAAUUAUAAAAAAAGAAACACACACUCUCACACACACCAUCCCAAUUUCACUAGACCUGUGAUGUCUUUCAUAAAUAAUUAUCCUACUAAACUGGUUAAUACCCUGAUUCUCUCUCCGUAUGUCUUGGUGUGGAAACUAACAAACAAAAAUAUGAAACAGGCUUUAACAUUAAUGACAAAUCGGUAAAUGACAAAUAACAUUAUUGACUACAAAAUGUACAGGAAGCCACUUCACACACUGCUAUGCGACACACGACAUUACUGCGCGCCGCCAUUAGCCAUCGUGACUUCGCAUUAGUUCGCAAACACAACACACAGCCACAUGCAUGCACGAACUCAGGUGACGAUAUUCGUUUUUGAGACACUUACACGGGAACAAUUGUUACAUACAACAUGCAAGACUGACCUGAAAUUAAAGAACGACACGUGAGACGGGCACUUCGCGUCUUUCCUCCUCUAGCGCCACAACAAAGAGGAAGAUCGUAAAACGACCCGCUAAGUCGUAAAAUUUUGUCCGCAGUCGGUGCCGCUGCAACAGGCUACCUGAAUGCCGGUUGGUGACGCCACACUGCCACCUCCUGGUUACUUAAACCCAUCGAAAUAAUUGCCUUUGUGCCAGGACAGCAACAGUAUUUGGAUUUUAUUCACAUCAAUAAAACGGUUAUAUUUAUAUAUUAAAAAAAAAAAAAACUGAAACAUCGCCAUUGUGAAUGCACGCUGGAGCAUCACAUAUGCAAGGCCUGUUCCUACUUGCUGCUUCCUAAAUAUCAGGAAGCAGCAACUCAGGUGGUGAGGUGAUCAGUGAAACCGCCUGAAACCUUGGAUCAGACGCAUCACUAACUAUUAGUGGUCGUGUGCUGAGCAAGCAGAUGUCUAGUGACGUCAUCACUUUUCCUUAGUGCAACAUUUCUCUUGAUUAGAUUUUUGUUUCAUCUUAAAGUACAUAAUAUAUGAUCAUUUCAUAUUGAACAGUUGUGCAUUGUUCCAGAGUUAUGUGUGAUGUUGUGAUGGGAAGUCACACAACCAAGAACCCCUUCAAUUCAAUCUUGAGUUUAAGAGCUGGUCACUGCUAAGUCCAAUAAUGUGAAACUGGUUGAAGCUCAAAUCUUCAGAUCACCUGUCGUCAUGAGCAACAGCACGACCUCCUUUCUUUUUAAUGUGUAUACGGUGUAAAUAUGUUCAGAUGGUUCUUCUAUUGUAUUCUAUUCUAUUGUGAUCUUAGCGGCUAUUGUGUAUAUAUAAACAUAUAUAUUUUUUUUUUCCUUUUAUUUGGCAUGUUCUUUUGAGUAACAUAUUGUACUCUCUAUUUCCAUAUUCUUCCUUUGUCUUGACGAAGAGUUUGUGUAACGAAAAGCUAAAUAAAGUGAUU